AUGGACUCAAACAAAAAUUUCCCCCUGAAGAGUUACUCACUCCGACCUCGUGGUAUCAGAAAACCUAAAACUUCACAUCCAGAAGCCAAAACUUGCAGGAAGACGAAACUGAGAUCCCAACCCCUCAGCAAGUACAGGAGGAAAACAGCCAAUGAGAGGGAGAGGGUUCGAAUGAGGAAAAUCAACGAAGCUUUUGAGACACUGAGAAGAGUGACUCCCCAAAUGGCCUCGGAGGAGUGCAACGGAGAGAAGAUGACGAAGAUAUCAACUUUGAGGUUGGCGAUGAGUUACGUUCCCACGGGAUGGGCAGAACUCGUCAGUUCAGUGUUGAGGAACGCGACCACAGCUCGACCAGAGCCUUCAGAUAGACGCAGCGGUACAUGGUAA